AUGGUGUUCAAAAUUAGUACUAUACUCUUUUUGUCUAUUAUACAUGUACAAUCGGUACCUGUAACUAUUUAUAAUAAUGCCUGGUUUAAUCCAUCAAGUAAUAGCUAUCUAUUAGCUAAUAUUUAUUCGAUAACAACAUUAAACUUGUAUUCACCAAAUCCACCAGACAUUAUUAAAUGGUUAUUUGACGGUGAUCUUAAUGAUGUAUACGGUCGUUACAAUGGCUAUUUAACUAACACGAAAGGUCAAUUAGUCGAUAAUUACACUGAUUUAUGGUCAUCACCCGGAUAUGCUGGUUAUGGUAGUGCUGUCAAUUUUGGUUCUACCGUAUACAGUAUCGUAGAUCAUUAUCUUUACUUAAACACAACUAGUUUCACGAUUUCAGCUUGGAUUUGGCCUCCUUCGAAUGCUGAUACAGAAGAUUCUUAUUCGAAUGCUGCUACAGAAGAUUCUAGUUAUUUCACCUUAUUCUCUCAUUGCGAGACACCGGAUAUUGAUAAAUGUUUGCAUCUAGUGAUGAGAGCUGGUCUUCUUUAUUUAAAUUUCUAUUAUGAUGAUGCAGUUAGUAAUACGCAGCUAAAUUCUGGACAAUGGUAUCAUGUCGCUUUUGUAUAUGAUCGAUCUACCUCUCAACAACUUAUUUAUUUAAAUGGGACACUUGAUGGAAGUCGAAUAGCUAAGAGUCCUUACACAGGCAAUCCAAAUCAAACAACUCUUGGUGCAGUACCACUUGUUAGUUGGAAACCUACUAACGAUGGUCUGAUAGAUGAAUUAAUAUUUGUAUCACGUGUGAAGAAUAGUAGUGAAAUUCUCGAUGAAGCUACUCUUGUUGCUUAUUAUACAUUUGAUAAUACAUUUAAUGAUUCGGGUCCUAAUAAUAUUAGCAACAUCAAUAGUACUGCGACAAAAUUUGAUUCUAAUGGUCAAUUUAAUCAGGCAUUAUUUUUUGCUUCAUCAUCUUAUUCAUAUUUUCAGACAACAGGUUUCUAUUAUCUUGGUCAAUCCAAUUAUUUCUAUUCAUUCUCAUUAUGGAUUUAUCCUAUCGCGAUUGGUGGUACCAUUCUUCAAGUUAGUUCUUCAAAUGGUUGGUGUACGCCAAUGAUUGGUUUUAAUCAGAAAGGGUAUUUAACAGUUCAAACGUUAGGUGUAAAUAGUAUUUAUACAGCUUCAUAUACUGCAUCAACAUUAUCAUUGAAUCAAUGGACUCACAUUAGUAUGACUUAUUCUACUACAAAUGGGAUUCGACUAUAUGUAUCCGGAAAUCUACAGAGUAGUAAUAUUAUUUAUAAUAAUUAUGCAGCUAGUGGUGCAAUGAGUACUAUUACUAUGGGAAAUCCUGCUCAAUGGGAUAAAUGCACUAGUGACGACACCGGAAUUAUUCAAUCUCAAUUUCAAGGAAAGAUUGAUGAAUUAAAAAUUUACUCUCGAGAAUUAUCAAAAACUGAAGUAUAUCAAUUAUCUGGAGGUCUUUCGGCUGUUAAACAAAAUGCCAAUUGA